AUGGGUUCUCAGCCUCCUGUCCACAAGCGCCUCAUUGUCUGCUGCGAUGGGACGUGGAUGAAUAGCGAUAACGGCUACGUAGAGCCAACGCUGGAGCAUCCUCAGGGGACACUUCAAGUACCUUCAAACGUGACACGAAUCAGCCGAUGCUUCAAGCGGCGCUGCGACGAUGGAACCCUGCAAAUCAUAUCAUAUGAAUCCGGAGUAGGAACUGGUAGCAAUGCCAUUGACACCCUCACCGGCGGCGCAUUCGGCCUGGGUCUCUCAGAACGAGUCCGCGAAGCGUACUCAUACCUGGCCUCCAACCAUAUAGACGGCGAUGAAAUAUUUCUCGUCGGAUUUUCUCGAGGAGCCUUUACAGCUCGAUCGGUCGCAGGAAUGAUUGGAAACCUAGGCCUUCUCACCAGAGAGGGCUUGGAGUACUUCUAUCCCAUCUUCAAGGACAUGGAGAAUUGGAACAAUGACAAUUACGACGACGAGUUCCCGGGGCAGCCUUUUCCCAACAAACCCAAAGGACCAAACGCAGCCGCCGUGUACCGAAAGAGGCUCGAGGAGUUGGGGUAUACUCGCGUGUACCAGGCGAACGGCGAGUUGAUUAAAAUUAAGGCCGUCUGCGUUUGGGACACUGUUGGUAGCCUGGGUAUCCCUAAGGUUUCGUGCACAUAUAAAUGGCAUGAUACAUCGCUGUCGGAUCGCAUAGAACAUGCCUUCCAGGCACUUGCUCUGGAUGAAACCCGUGCUCCAUUUUCCCCAGCUGUCUGGGAACGUCUUCCAGAAAAUAGGUUGACAACCGAUCUUAGACAGGUCUGGUUCCCAGGAAACCAUGGAAACUGUGGUGGAGGUUGGCCUGACCAAGAAGCCUCUGACUCUUCACUUGCCUGGAUGAUGGACCAGAUGGCAUCUGUAGGAGUCGAGUUCGAUUUGUCAUGUCUCGAGAGGGUCGCACAGAAGACCAUCGGCUACUACAAAAGCCUGCAAACUACAAAGAAGAAGGGUCCAAAAUGGGCUGUUGAUCCCAUCUAUUCAAGCAACCAGCCAGUGCGACCGUGGGCACUCGGAUCCAUCAAUAAGGCUGGCAGCUUUAUAUACAAGCUCUCGGGAUUCGAAGACAGGACGCCUGGUUUAUACAAGCGAACCGAUCCGAAGACGGACCGCGAUACCAACAUCUUCCUGCAAGAUACCAACGAACGUAUUCACAGCUCUGCCAGAGUACGCCUUGCUUGCAAGGGCCUUGGCUUGGACGACAAGGGGGUCUGGAGCUGUCCAUCCCUAUCCAGCUGGCAGUUGACGCAUACGGAUGCAACGUUUGAAGACCCAAUCCCUCACAGCCCCAGCUGGUGGCAAGGCCCGCCUGAUGAAUCUGGGGUGGAAAAACAACAAAACGGGAGAUGGAUUUGGGAGUUCGCGGGGCCAAAGGGUUCUGCUCCGACGGACCCCAAGCAGAGGAUUAUGGUGGAGGAGCCAUUGGGGCCUUAUGAACGAUAUCUGCUUCAACUUUCAGAGGGAACGCCAAACGUCUAUCUGUUUGCCGAGACUCAAGAUAUUGACUGGCAGGGGAAGAAGAUUCCCGCCCUGAGAAGUGGCAAGGAGUGA